CUCGAUGUUUACAGAUUUUGUCUCGGAAUCAGUUCGUAUGCCAGCUCGUCAGUCAUUCCUAACGAACUGCGCCACUCGCGAGCUCAUCUUCUGUUGAAGAAUGGAAUGGUUUUUCUCUUGAAUUCGCAUGUGCAUUUGGAUCGGUGCAUUCUUCCGAGGCCUCCAAAUUGUGGCUUUGACGUGGCAUAACGUGGCUGUGACAGGGCGGGGGAAAAUUUACAGUUAUGGCUUGCGGUGUGUUGCAAUGUGUCGUCCGCUCGCUCGCGGUGGCUGCGCUCGUUCUGGCGAGCACAUCGUUCGCGGAAGCUGGGGUGCUCUUCAGCACGCUCGAUGAGUCGAUUAAUGUGGCUGUGGAAAUUCAAGGGCAGAAUGUGACGGAGGGUCCCGUGAAUCGGGUCGCCAAGGUCGGUGACGAUCGGCUGGUGGUGUCGUGGAAUUUGAACAGCUCGUUGAUGGGGCUCGGAGUGGAUAAAAACUACGUGAGCCUGAAGCUGAGGCUGUGCUUCGCUCCGAUCAGCCAGCUCGAGCGAGGGUGGAGGAAGACGAACGACGACUUGCACCGAGACAAGACUUGCACGAUCGUCAUCGCCAAUCAGAAGUACACGACGGACGGCAACAGCACCGUCUGGAGAAUUCCUAAGAACGUCCCUGGGGCCACGUACUUCGUCCGAGCUUAUGCGACGGACGAGCGAGGCCAGCAGUUGGCCUACGGGCAAUCCACGGACCAGUUGAAGACCAGCAACUUGAUUACCAUCAUUCCGAUUUCCGGAAGACAUGUUACAAUCGACAUAGCUUCUGGCGUGUUCUCUGUAUUUUCCAUAGCAUCCUUGAUCGCGUUCCUGGCCUCCGAGUUCGCGCAGACGAGUAACAGGUAAUGGACCUGAAGAAUUGUCAUUAGAUGCUGUGGAAGCUAAUUGCGCCGGGAGGGCUCGAUUACUGAGCCAGUACGGGCGUGAACUCUCGUAGCUUGAAAUCUGCCCGUGAGCUCAUGGUCCACUGACCAGCUCCAACUUCACAAUAGCGGCCUCUUAAUUUUGGAUGAAUGUGUGAACGUGGAUCAUCUCAUAUUGUGAAAUGAAGUUUCAAUCCUUCGUCUUCAUGAAGGGAAUGAUCUGUUAGAACCAAAUGGUUUGCCUCACUGUAAUAUAUCUUUAACUCAACUCGCUGUAGAGUAAGUCAUUACCAUUUCACUUGUAUUCUCGACCCCCGAGUAG